AUGACCCGUCGCGUCGGCAUCGGCCUCACGGCCGGUCCCUCGCUGGCAACCAUCGACGCGGCGCUCGUCGAGAUCGACCCCAAUCCCAUCCGGCUCAAGCCGGUGGAGCUCAUCGAGUUCCUCCCCGUGCCCGUCCCGCCCGACCUGCGGGCCCGGCUCGUGGUCGCGAGGUCGGGGGCCGCCGCGACCCCCGCGGCGAUGUCGGAGCUCGAUACCGAGGUCGGGAAGCUCCUGGCGGAUGCCGCGAAGAAAGUCGCGGGGGCCAGGCUCGGGGAGGUGGAGUUCAUCGCCUCGUGCGGGAUGCCCGUAGUGCGGACGUCGGCGUCGUCGGAGGAGUCCAAAUCUGACGACGGGGCUGGUGCUCCACCGGAAGUCGUGAGGAUAGGCGACGCGGCCGUCCUGGCGCGGGACACCGCGAAGUGCGUCGUGUCCGACUUCGUACCCGCGGAGUCGGACGAGACCGGCGUCUUCUCCACCGCCGAUGCCGUGCUGUUCCGCCACCUUCUGGACGACACGCGAACAGUCGAGUGGCAUCGCAAGCCAACCGCGGACACCAGUUGCGCGUUGGUGGUGGUGCACUUCGGCGCCAUGGCGUCCAUGACCGCGCUGUCGGGCACCGGGCGGGUGCUCCGGAGCUUCGACUGCGGGCCGGGGAACAUGGUCAUGAACCUCAUCGUGCAAAACGCGGCGGCGCUGGGCCUCGAGCCCAAGGAUCCGAAGGACGAGGCCCUCGCGGAGAAACUUCAACAACCGGGGGGGAUGCGGUUCGACGAGGGCGGGAAGAUUGCAAAAGGGGGGCGCGUCUACCACGGCCGCACCAAGGACGCGCCGAUCGACUUCGCGUGGACGGCGCCCUUCUUCACGCGGUCGCCGGUGAGAAGGGGCUCGGAGGCGGACUUUGGGAUGGAGUUCACGAAGACGUUCGUCAAUCGCUUCCCGAAGGAACCGCCCGUGAGGUUCGCCGAGGUGGGCAAGGAGUGGCGCAACGUCAACGACGUCGUUCGCACGGCUCUGGAGCACGCGGCGCUGUGCGUCAUGGAGGGCAUCGCCUCGCACGUGGGCGCGGUCUCCGGAAGCGGCAACCACCUGAUGGGUCACUCCGGGAGCACCGGGAGGGUGCUCAUCUCCGGCGGCGGCGCGUACAACUGGGCGCUGAUGGCCCGGCUGAGGGAAUUGGGGUGGAAAAACCUUCGUUUCGAGACGAGCACGGAGUGCGGCAUUCGCGCCGACGCGGCGCAGGCGAUGCGAGCGGCGACGCUCGGGUACUUGACCCUGAGCGGCGUGGCCGGGCCCGGGGAUGGCGAGGCGGCGGAGGGCGCGGGCGGGGCGGCCCUCGGGAAGGUGUAUACGCCGGGGGGCGACCCGGCGCCGGUGUUCGAGCCCGUCAAGUAG